AUGAUGGAGGUUUGGGUGGCGGAACAAAUUCCAGAGGCCGACCUUCUGGAGGACAUUCCCGAGGACUCAACCAAACCUUUAUUGUCUCCUCCUCACCUGGACAGAGCAGCGCGAGCCGAGUCUGUGGACUCUGGAGUGGAGACGUUCAGCACGGACACCUGGGGGCCCGCAUCUCCUGAGGUGGACUUCAUGGACUCCACGGAGAGCUUCAGAUCUUUUUCAUCCUUCGGAUCUGUGUCGCUGCCUUCUUCUGGCUCCCUCGUGGACUUAAGCUUGAACUCCACCUCAGGGUCCUCCAGACUGAAGAACGCCCUCCAGAGGAUCGAAUCCCGGCGACAGAGCCGCCGCCCUGAGGCCCAGCCAUACCUGGCCCCGCCAAGGUGCGCCAGGACCUCCGUGCAGAUGUUAGAGGGUGUCCACUUAGGCUCCCCGAAACUGCUCCACCAGAACCCUGAGACCAGAACCUUCUCUUUGAGCGGCGACAAGGAGCAGGGUCUACGCCAGGCGGCGUCCGAAGGUCUAAGUCCGGGCUUCGUCCACCUGGAAGAGGUGUGUCAUAGGUUGGAGAUCUUGGCCAGAGAGAAGCUCCUCAGCCAACGCCACCAGGCGGACAUGGACGUCCUUUCCAGCCAGGCCGACAUCACGGAGCGCCGCCCCGUCAGUGUCAUCGUUUCUUUCCACGCCGACGACAGCGAGCUUCUUGCCGGCGACGACGCCAACGUCCUGCAAGACCCUCACAGACGUCUUGACCACAGGUCACCGUCAGACACCACGCUGACGUCCCUCGAACGUGACGCCCCCAGGGGGCAGCAGCUCAACACACACAACCUGCCAGACCAGGUGGAGCAAGACCACAGGCGGGCCCCUAGGUUGCAGAGACAGGAGGCAACACAUCAAAGCGACAAGAACUGGAAGACCAAGUUUAGUUCUCUGAAAAAAGAUUCUACCUCCAAAGACGGACACAGUGCGAUCAUGGAGUCGUUUGACAGGACCAACAAAUUGUUCAGGAGGAGGAGGAGGACAGUUACUCUUUACACUGAAGAAUAAUAUCACAAUAUUGAUUAUAAUAACAUUGAUCUGAAGAAUUAUAUCAUAAUAAUGAUCAUAAUAACAUUGAUCUGAAGAAUAAUAUAACACUAUUGAUCAUAAUAACAUUCAUAUGAAGAAUAAUAUAAUACUAUUGAUUAUAGUACAAUUGAUAUGAAUAAUAAUAUAAUACUAUUGAUUGUAAUAACGUUGAUCUGAAGAAUAAUAUGACCUGAAGAUAUUGGGACUUUGGAUAAUACUCUUACCAAGUUUGUUGCACAUACAUUACAUAUAUAUAGUCAAAUAUGCAAUUUAAAAUGGCAUUUAUGUCAAAAUAUUGAGGUAUUCUUUCCAAAUUAAUUCAUAUCAUGCAUGUAAUUUAGUGUGCACACACACAC